UGACAAUUGACGUUUCUGUUGUCUAUGGCAUAAAUUUUUUUUCUUGAUUGAUCAAAAUUUAAUUUUUCUGGAUUUAGUUCGGCUUAAUUCCGAAUAAUCAUGGCUAUCGGUGAUUAUCCGAAAGAGUACAAGCCAGCAGUUCAUGGACCCUAUGAUCCAGCCCGUUUCUACGGAAAGCCCGAUACUCCUUUCGGGCAACUCAAGUUGAGCGAGGUGGGAUCAUGGCUGGCACGCAGAAACAAAAGCCCUGCUGCGCUUAUGGGUGCCUGCAGCAGAGCUUGGUGGAGAUGGCAGCAUAAAUACAUGCAGCCAAAGAGGGUUAACGGAGCUCCUUUCUUCCAGUUACUUGUUGGAAGCAUGACUUUCUUCUAUGUCAUCAACUACGGAAAAAUUAAGCACCACAGGAGUUACAAGUAUCACUAACUGGAUGGAUGGUUUUAUGCAAUAUUUAAAUAUUUAUGUAUGCAUAUGAAAUAUAAAAUCUGUGUAUUGGUUCUAGAUUGCAUUCAAUAAAAACAACAAAGUUAGUUCA